UAUAAUACGUCACUAAAAAUCCAAUUGGUGUGUAAUCAAACAUUUCUAUUUCGAUUUUUUUACUUUUGUUGCUAUUUUUUCUCUAUAUUUUUGGGUGUGUGUAAAUAAAUGAAUUUCCGUUAAACUUAUUAAAUUAAAGAAUAAAAAAGCUUUAUACAAACAAUAACAAAAAAAGCAUAAUAAACAUGGAUAAAAAAGAAUCGAUGGCAUUGUGUAAAUCAUCGCCAGCAGUGGAAUAUAAAAAUAACACUUGCCCUACUACUAACGCCAAUACAACUUGUGUUAGUACCUCCUCUUCUAACUUUUCAUCAUUUAAUCUACAUAUAACAGCUUGCUCUUCACCUUAUUAUACACAACAAAGUGUAAAUAAUCAACCAGCGAUUAUUAACAGUAACAUCCACCAACAAGCACAAAACGGUCGUAAUUAUUUGCCAAACAAAUUAGUCGGCAAAAAUCUAUUUGAUUCACAACAUUUUAAGUCGUCUAAUAACAAACUAAGCAAUUUGGGCGUAUUGCUGGACAAACGCGUAAUUGCACUUUUGCUGUUAUUUGUCGGUAUUAUUGUAUUCUAUAAAAUGGUUAUUGUCACAAUGCCCUAUGCGAAUACAGAAAGUAUAAUUGAUUUGAAAAAAUUGGCAGCAAGUCGUUACCAAGAUGCCAUAGAUUGGGCCACCGAACACAAUGUUAACAGUAUUUUACAACCUUUAUUAUGUGGCUUAGCUGUAGCCAUAUUUGGUUAUACCUUAGUGUAUUUAGAUAGUAAUAUACCGGGUAUAAGUCCACCAUCACCAUUUUCACCACGCAAAAUGUUACAUUAUUACCAACAAAAGAGCAGCAUACAUUUGGGCUAUUUAACUGCCUUAGCCAUGGGUGUCAUUGUAGGAAUUUUUAUGUAUUUGGAGAUCUAAAUUUGCUAAGUAAGGAAAUUUUUCUUUUGCAGAUAUAAAACACCUCAGUGUAAUUAUUAUUAUUUAUUUAUAAAAAAAAAACAACUACAUUAAGAUUUUAAAAAGCAAAAGGCACAAAAGUGUAAUAUUUUAAACUCAUAUAUGAAAAAAUCCUUUCAUUUAAACUCAUAAGUACAAAGUAUUAUAGUUUCUUUCAUUUAUCAUUAUAAAUCAACUAAAACUUAUUUAACUUCUUUCCUACUUAAAAUGCUUUAACACCUAUUAGUUAG